AGUGGCCUUUGGUUUCAACGGCAAUGAUAACAGCAGCACCUCUGCAGUGAUCACUCAAAGGUAAUGCUGCCCACAAGCUCCUGCCUGAGUCCUAGUGAGAAAGAGAAAGGCUGAAUCCUGACCAAAUAUCACUCAUCUUUUCACAAACUUCAACUGCACCAGUCCUGCCAACACAGCACCUGACCCCAGAGUGAGACACACGAGAGGCGGAGUCAUGAGCGAGCCCCAGGACCCUGGCAGUGUUACUGACGCUGUGUCAUCCGUCGUUCACGCUCCUGAGGCACCGGUCAGACCCCAGUGUGGGGCACAAAGAGAGGAGGAGGAUGAAAGAGACCUGAAUAAAGCAUUGGGAGUGCAGCGCUUCCAGCAGAUCCUCAGCCCCACUGCCCGCGUCCCCGGCGAACAGCAUCGCACGUACAGCGAGGAAGACUUCGAAUAUCACCGUCAUUCCUCCCAUCACAUUCACCACCCGCUGUCUAAACUGCCUGGCGACAGCCGCAGGAAGAGGAGCGGAAGAAAGAAGAAGAGGGCUAAGGGAGCCAGUUCUGUUGUUGAGGAGGCAGAGGAGGAUGAAGAAGAGGAAGAACAAGAGUCUCCAGAGGGCCAGAGUGUUACGUCAGUGGCCGUCUCAGAUACUGAACUCGAAGAGAGUGUGACGUUCUUUUUGUCAGAAGAUGACUCUCAAGCAGCUGUGCCUGAUGAGUCAGAGGGCCCCCAUGCUCCCCGAGAGGUCCACGUCGUUCCCUCCACCGCUGCCCCUCCAGGCCGUCAGAGCAGUACAGCGGAGGAGUCGUCCGACCACGGGCCAUCCCCCUCUGAUUCAACACCUGUCAGCCCUUUACCCCGAGUGUCCUCAGCGAGCCGUGGCUACGACCUUCAGGAGCGCCGGCGUACGGGAAACAUGACGGGUGCGGAGCAGGCAAAGUACCAGCGUAUACCCACAGACGAGAGUGAGGCUCAGACGCUGGCCUCUGUGGACCUUGACGGCAUAAAGAGUCACAGGUUUGAGGAUGUACCAGGGGUACGUCGACACCUCGUGCGGAAAAGCACCAAGGGCCAGGUGGUCCACAUCAGCAAGGACCACAAAGAGCCCACCAGCCGUGCACGCAAACUGGACCACACCCCACAUGAGGUGUUUGUGGAGCUGAAUGAACUCACGAUGGAUAAGAACCAGGAAAUGCAGUGGAAGGAGACGGCUCGUUGGAUAAAGUUUGAAGAGGAUGUCGAGGAGGAGACCGACCGCUGGGGCAAACCCCAUGUGGCCUCCCUAUCCUUCCGCAGCCUACUGGAACUACGCAAGACCAUCUCCCAUGGGGCGGUGCUGUUGGACUUGGACCAGAAGACCCUGCCUGGCAUAGCUCACCAGGUGGUGGAGCAGAUGAUCAUUUCAGACCAAAUAAAGGCAGACGACCGAGCUAAUGUCCUCAGGGCCCUCCUCCUCAAACACAGUCACCCAAGCGAUGAGAAGGAGCAUGUGUCCUUCCCCAGGAACAUCUCAGCAGCCAGUCUGGGCUCUCUCUUAACACAUCACCACAGCUCCAACCAUGUCCCUCAGACUGAGCCCUCCAUCACAGACCCACUCAUGGGCGGCAGCAGCAGUGCAAAGCCUGACACCACCCUGCAUAUGGAAACUGAGAAGAAUGAGAAAGAGUCAACUACAUCUUUGGGCAUGCACAGAUCAAAGUCCAAACAUGAGCUGAAACUUCUGGAGAAGAUUCCAGAAAAUGCAGAGGCCACUGUUGUCCUUGUGGGCAGUGUGGACUUCCUGGAGCAGCCCACCAUGGCGUUUGUGCGUUUGCAGGAGGCUGUGGAGCUGGACUCUGUUUUGGAGGUACCAAUUCCUGUCCGCUUCCUGUUUGUGCUUCUGGGUCCACCCAGCACCAGUAUGGAUUACCAUGAGAUCGGCCGAUCCAUCUCCACCCUCAUGUCUGACAAGCACUUUCAUGAGGCGGCCUACUUGGCAGACGACCGUCAGGACCUGCUGAAUGCCAUAAACAGCUUCUUAGACUGCAGCAUAGUCCUCCCCCCAUCUGAGGUGGGUGGGGACGAGCUGCUUCGCUCAGUGGCUCGCUUCCAGAGAGAGAUGCUCCGCAAGAGAGAGGAGCAGGAGGUUGCUCUGCUGGCCAAGGAGAGCGCUGAGGAGAAAGAGGCCCUUCUGACCCCCAGCAAGCCUGAGGAUGACCCUCUCCAGCGGACAGGUCGUUUGUUUGGUGGAGUGAUACGGGAUGUUCGCCGCCGCUACCCCAAAUACCUUAGUGACUUUACGGAUGCCCUGAACCCCCAGUGUAUGGCAGCAGUCAUCUUCAUUUACUUCGCUGCCCUCUCCCCAGCCAUCACAUUUGGUGGUCUCCUAGGUGAGAAGACGGAGGGUCUAAUCGGAGUGUCAGAGCUCAUCGUGGCCACAUGUGUCCAAGGCGUGCUCUUCUGCCUGCUGGGGGCUCAGCCGCUGCUGGUGGUGGGUUUCUCUGGACCCCUGCUGGUCUUUGAGGAGGCCUUCUUCAGUUUUUGCAAGGGGAAUGGAAUGGAGUACCUGACAGGCCGCGUCUGGAUUGGCCUGUGGCUCAUUGUCAUCGUGCUGCUUAUGGUCGCCUUUGAGGGCAGCUUCCUGGUCCGCUUCGUCUCCCGCUUCACUCAGGAGAUCUUCUCCUUCCUCAUAUCCCUCAUCUUCAUCUACGAAACCUUCUCCAAACUGGGAAAGAUCUUCUUAGAGCACCCGCUGAAAGGCUGCUCCAUUGAAAAUUCCACGGACGUGUCAGAAAAUUUCACCCUUAGUCCUCUGGCAGAUAACAGCACUACUCAAGGACCUGUAAAGGUGGUCGGGCAACCAAACACGGCUCUUCUCUCAUUAGUGCUCAUGGCUGGAACCUUCUUCAUCGCCUUCUAUCUUCGCAAGUUCAAGAACAGUGCUUUUUUCCCUGGCAGGCUCCGUAGGGUCAUUGGAGAUUUUGGGGUCCCCAUCGCCAUCCUCAUUAUGGUCUUGAUUGACUACAGCAUCCAGGACACUUACACACAGAAACUGAGCGUCCCCCGUGGCUUCUCCGUGACUAGUCCGGAGAAGAGAGGCUGGCUGGUCAGUCCCCUGGGCUCAGAUGGCCAGUUCCCCAUCUGGAUGAUGGCAGCCAGCAUUCUCCCCGCCCUGCUUGUCUUCAUCCUCAUCUUCAUGGAGACUCAGAUCACCACGUUGAUAGUGAGUAAGAAGGAGCGGAUGUUGGUGAAGGGGUCUGGUUUCCACCUGGACCUGUUGGUGAUCGUGGUGUUGGGCGGCACCUCGGCCCUGUUUGGUUUGCCAUGGAUGGCAGCCGCCACCGUGCGCUCAGUCACCCAUGUCAAUGCCCUGACAGUGAUGAGCAAGGCCGUCGCCCCUGGAGACAAACCACGCAUCCAGGAGGUCAAAGAGCAAAGGGUCACUGGGCUUCUAGUGGCCAUUCUUGUGGGUCUGUCCAUUGUGAUUGGAGACCUCCUACGGCAGAUCCCCAUUGCAGUUCUAUUUGGGAUAUUCCUCUACAUGGGUGUGAUGUCGCUCAACGGGAUCCAGCUGUCUGAACGUAUUCUGCUGCUACUCAUGCCACCCAAGUACCAUCCAGAUGACAUCUACGUUCGCAAGGUGCGGACGCUGCGCAUGCACCUGUACACAGCUAUCCAGGUGGUGUGUCUGGCCAUACUGUGGGCGGUGAUGUCUACCGUGGCCUCGCUAGCCUUCCCCUUUGUCCUCAUCCUCACUGUGCCCCUGAAGAUGUUCCUCCUGCCACGCAUCUUCACCCCGCGAGAGAUGCAGUGUCUGGAUGCAGAUGAUGCUGAGCCUACGUUCGAUGAGAAAGAGUGCCAAGAUGAAUACUCAGAGAUGCACAUGCCUGUCUAAGCCAAGCCCACUGCAUCCAGUUCUCCCCUCUUAUUCAACACACCCAACUGUCAGUCACUCUUGUCGCCAAUCACACAGUUGCCUUUAAGGAUCUUCUCUGGAAAAACAGCUUGGAAAACUUUGCUGACAGCUGCUUUUAAAAAGCUUUGGAAUGCAUCUUGGAGUGGGAGUCAGGAUGUCAAAGGAACUUAAUCAUUUUGUUCUGAAUCAUACUUGUCCAUCUCAUUGGGAAAGACUUUUAAACAGUGUUCCAGUGUCUUUCAACUCUACACAUCCAAAGACUGAUUUUUUUUCUUUACUUUUGGAGAUCAUUUGUGCUGUAAUAUAAGACAGUUAUCAUCUCACAUUUUUGAGCAGUGUAUAGUAUUUGCCCAUAGGGAAAGAGAGUGGGUUUUCAGUACUUUGUCGUGGGGACUGAACAUCGCCAAACCUGUUAUGGGCUCUACUCUGAACCAUAACAUAAAUGUUGUUUAUUUAAUUUUGUACAUGUUGUGUUGCACAUUUAAAAUACACUUUAACUGGUGGGUUAGAGAAGAAGUUAAAAAAUUGCAGAUGAAUGUGAAUGAUUUAAAGGAAUGAAACAGAUGUUUCCAUAGAUUGUUUUUAUAGGUCUGUUAUAGGUCAGGGAUUGCGAUAAAAUGCCAACAUUCAAUGAAAUUCAUUUGCAUAUGGGUUUAAAUGAUUAAGGAUUAGACGCGCUGUUCAUAAACAAUUAUUUUCGAGAUUGCAGGAUGUUCAUGUAUUUGUUUUUAUUUUUUCUUUAACUAUGGUAUUGUUCACACAGUUCCUUUCCAAACACACACCUGAGUCACUGGCACUACAUAUAUACAAACACACACACACACACACAUUUACAUAUUUUCAUACCAUUUUUCACCCUUCUCUGGACAAAUACAAUUUGAUUGGCAUGUGCCUCAGACUGUCCGUGAAGAUACAGGUAGUAAAUAUGUAAAAGUUCACUUACAGGCCUUAAGCACUUUGUUAAGGUGUGUGUUUGUGUGUGUGUGUAUGUGGUCAGAAUGAGUCUACAGCCACCUUUUAGUGACUGUUACAAAAGCCCACUCUGCACUUCUAGAGAACACAUGCUUUCACCACCUUGGUCAAUGUUCUUUAACAGACAGGAAGUCAUGUCUCCUGUAUGAGUUGUUUUUUUUUGUUGUUGUUGUGAAGAUGAAAGAGAAAUUCCAACUCAAACAAGCCAAGUUUUUUUUUUUUUUCAUACUGUGAUUUAGUGUGAUAUUUGUAUUGCUGAUUGACCUGUUUGAAUGAUAUGUAUUUAAAUAAUAACUUGGUAAUAAUUCUGGUACUUCAUGACCAUUUUAUGACCUAACCUAUAUCUAAUACUUCCCCCUCUGUAUUUAUAUUUCUACAAUUGAAGAUGUGUAUUUUUAAAAGAGGACUGAGGCAAUAGAAUGCAAGCAUAAAGUUUUUGUCAUUGUUUUGUUUGUGUUUUGAGUCUAAACACCUGAGGGUAUUUCUUCAAGACAAAGAGGUGAAAACGAAGACACUAUCAUUUUACCACAAAGGCUUUUUUCUUGUGUUUCCUUGUUUGUGUAAAGACAACAUAUCCUGACUUUUCUGUCUAUUGGCCAUUUAUCGGUACAUUAUUUCCAGGGACACAGGCUUUAGGGUUGACCUAAUCCCAAACACAGACACUGCCUCUGGACCAUGUGACUCAUGGCUUUCAGUUCUUCCUCAUUAUUCUAACACUCAAAGGGAUCCACACAGACAUCUGUUAUGCUCACUUAUUUAGCGAAGGAUUUCAUUAGCAAAUUUGUUUGUUUUGGGGGGGUGGAGUGGGGGAGGGUGACUAACCUCUGGUUUCUAAAGAGGUACAUACAUGUAGAAAGGUUGAGAACUUGGUUGGUCCUGACAGAUUGUAACUAAUCAAAGUCGUUAGUGCUUUAGCUUAUCACAAUAGUACUAAUAUCACGUACAUAAUUGUACCAUGCCUUAAAAGUUUAAAACCUGUGAAUUGUCUAAGCAUGAAAAUUACUUUUUGCUCCUGUUUGUGCUUUACUAUAGCAGCUGAUUUUAUAUAGCUAAUUACAACAGUUUAUUGAUCGCUGAUUAAAACUGAGAUUUUAUUUUAAUCAAAUAGAAAAAGAGGCUUUUUAUUACUUUACAGACAUUUUCUUGAGCAUAAAUUAUUAAAGAAAACUGCAAAUAUAAUUUUUAAUUGCAAAUAAUAUUUUAUGGUAAAAUCUCUUUAGUAAGUCACCUUUUUCAGAUCUGUUUUUGUCUUCUCAUCUUUCCUUUAUUAGCUGUGUUCACUUGUCACUAAAUUAGACAUGGUUUAUGCAACCUCUUUCGUGAACCUUAUUGUGCUCUUCUAUCAUGCUGACAUGUUUGUCUGUUGCAGACAGUAAGUAGCGCUGGCGUGAAUUGGAAUUUUUUUUCCUGCUUUCUUGCAGAGCAGAAAAGAUUGUUUGAAAUGUCUUAAAUCGGAAGUAGCUUGUAUGUUCUCUGUAGCUGAAGUGUGUAUUCACACCAGUGAUGUGUUUGUGUGUGUCACAGGGACCAGAAUUUUAUUCAUAUAUAUAUCACUAAAAGAAGUUCAGAAAUUUGUUUCUUGUUAUGAAUUUUUUCCUUUGUUUAAUGUGUAUAUCAAAUAGUUCAUUGAACAACAAAGCUUCAUUUUGCUAUCAAGCAUGAGAUGCUCUGUGAUUUCCUUUGAUUCAAUUUUUCAAAAUA